CGUCACGACUAUAGUACGUCCUCAUCACGUGCCAUCUCAUAUUACUAUAGUUAUACGAGCUGCUUCUUUUUUCUUGCUGGUGAUGUUCUGGGGUGGCGUAAAAAAGGCGGAAGUAGGAAGUAAUAGUAGACCCCAGACGUGAAGGUGCCAAAUAAUUUACUUGAUAUAUUUAUUAGAUUUUUCUCCCAAGAAACGGAGGCGUAAUGGACGAUACUUUAUUUCAGCUGAAGUUCACAGCAAAACAGCUGGAGAGGUUAGCCAAGAAGGCAGAAAAAGAUUCAAAGACAGAACAGGCCAAAGUGAAAAAGGCUCUUCAACAGAAGAAUGUAGAGGUUGCUAAGGUCUAUGCAGAGAAUGCAAUUAGAAAGAAGAAUGAGGGGGUGAAUUGGCUAAGGAUGGCAUCACGUGUAGAUGCCGUGGCUUCAAAGGUACAGACUGCAACAACAAUGAAAGCGGUAACAAAGAACAUGGGCCAGGUAACUAAGGCCUUAGACAAAGCUUUGAGCUCAAUGGAUCUCCAGAAAGUCUCGGCGGUAAUGGAUAAAUUUGAGCAGCAAGUUCAAAAUCUGGAUGUCCAUACUUCGGUAAUGGAAGAUUCUAUGAGUUCUGCCACAACACUGACUACUCCCCAGGAACAAGUGGAUAGUCUGAUUGUGCAAAUAGCUGAGGAAAAUGGGCUGGAGGUUAUGGAUCAGCUCAACCAGCUUCCUGCUGGAGCAACAAGCAUUGGUGAGAGUUCAGUGCGUUCGCAGGAUCAGGAAAAUCAGCUGGCAAGAAGGUUGGCUGCUUUGAGGAACUAAAAUUGCUUUGUAAGAGAAUAACACCCCUGAAUGGAACAAGUGGUCUUAUAAAGUUAAGGCUCUUGAUCAGGGUCUCCCUGUGAAGACAACGUACAGGACUUCAAGAAACAGUAUACUUUGCUCAAUUCACAAGAUGCACUUUGAUUCUGAUUACUGUUUACCUUAAAAUCUUUCCCUGGGCCUUAUAAUACUGGAUUUUAAGAUGCCAACAAAUAACACUGUGUGCUGAAAAGAAAACACUGACUCAUUUUAGGGGGAACCAUUGCUUGACUGAAAACUGUUCAAUGGGUGUAUUCACUGAGAAUAACCAGAGUUGUAGUGUGAAGUACAACGGUUGGACUUGCUUAAAGUUAAGCUUCAUCAGUUUGCCUGUUAUAUAAAAGAGGAGGUUUUAAAUAUUUAAACUAUAUAUACAGAUUUGUGAAGGUAUGAUGAUUUUUCCUUUAUUUUGCCUUGUCUUGUAUGUUUUUUUUUUUUACUUUGCUGUUCAUAGUUUGCCUUUUUUUGUAUACCUCUUUGUACAUUCUUAGCUCACACUUAAUGAGUGUACUGCUGGAGAAUCCAUCUUAUGCAGUCAAAAGAAUAGCCUGUACAGCUCAGUUGAGAUGGGGAUGUUCUAUGAAGGCUUUUAGACACUAAAAAUACUUCUUGCUCAUUUCUGGAGAAAGUGCACAUUACCAAAGUUGAUAUGGGAGUUCUGCCUCUCAUUUUCAGCGCGGAAGAGGGUGUACAUACCUUUCAAAUGUCCAGAUUUUGGGCUCAUAUUUUUGGCCUGUACCUCAUAUAAGUUGUGGUUUUCUGGCAUAUCACUGGGAGGGUUUGAAUACUGAAGUCACUAAAUAAUGGCACACAUUUGAGUUUCAGACUUCAAGCUCUUUACAAAAUGUGAUGUUAAAACAAAGCCUGUUACUGGAGUAACUUUCUAAGUUUAUAAGAGCAGUAUUUAAAAUAUGUCCCUAUUUUUAGGCCUUUGUCCUCCCAUUUUGUCGGGCUUUGUCCAGAUCUCUUGGACUAAGAGGUUGAGAGGUACGGGGGUGAACAACUGCCUUUGUACCUGACUUCUUUUAAUACAUUGAAUUAUCGUGUGCCUUCAUAGUCUUUUGGACAGUGUGAAGAGCACUGUAUGAUGAUGCACAUGCACUUACAGCGGAGGAAAGCAGCAUCCUUUUGUUUUCUAGUUUCUAGACAUAUGUGGAUGCCUUUUUGUGUGACUGGAGUGCCGUGCCAUAGGUUAGAGUUGAGGAAGUUGGAGGAUUUUGAUUCUCACUACUAGAUAUUCUCUGUUACUGUUCCUCUGAGUAAAAUAAGGAUAGAUUUAAGAGAGAAAUCAGUGGCUUGCCUGUGUGGUGUACCUGAUAUAUAUGACUAUUUGCAUGCUCAGCAACACACACACACACUGAUUUCUGAAGCUCUGUCUGAUUAGCAUUGCUGAACUGAAGUGAACGCAGUAACUGAGGGAAUUUGGUAAAAAUGUUAGACAUGCUGAUGCAUCAGUAGGAUGCUAGACAAUAUUGUUUAUUAAUCAGUAGGAUUUUGUUUUGUGCUUGAGAUGUGUCCACUAAAAAAGAAGGUACUACAGCUUUUCUACAGGAUUUUCUGUUAGCUUUUGAAAAAAUGUGACAGUUUGCUCUCAGUGUAGUAUCUGAAAUGGCUAGAGCUGUUUUUAAUAUAAUUAAAGACCAUUGUAAUAAUUUU